AUUACGAUGGGAAAAUUCAGUACUUACAGGUAUUUAGAGUUAAAAGAUGAUACCUCAACACCACACAUCAAUGUAAGGAGCAGAACCAUAAAGCAGCCUAGGCGUUUGAAGAAAAUAUUUAUUCUACUUAUAAUAGCAGCAUUAUUUGUCACAUACUUUUUAGGUUUAUUCGCAGGCCAGUCGCAAUGGUUGGACGGUAUCGCCAAAAGUCUGGGUUACCAGAGUGUGAACCAUUACGCAGUAAUUAUAGACGCUGGUUCCUCGGGCUCCAGGGUGCUGGCCUACAAAUUUAGAGUACCGUUUACAGUAUUCGGGCAAGCCAAUUUGGAUUUGGUCGAGGAAUAUUUUGAGCAGUCCAAACCAGGCUUGUCUUCUUAUGCGGAUGAUCCAGCAAAGGGCGCCGACACAAUAGUACAAUUAAUUAAGAAAGCAGAGUUCCUUAUACCGGCGGAAAAACGCCGGGGCACGCCGCUCAUAGUGCGCGCCACCGCCGGACUGCGGCUGUUGCCGCAGGAGAAGGCUCAAGCACUGUUGGUCGCUGUAUCCAAAGCGAUAGCCACGUUGGGUUACGAUGUGGCAUCUAACGGUGUGGAGAUUAUGGAUGGAUCUGACGAAGGCAUCUUCAUUUGGUAUACAUUGAAUCUUUUACACAAUCUGAUGGACGGUGAGACGAUGGCAGCUUUGGAUUUGGGCGGCGGUUCUACACAAAUAACGUAUCAGCUUGGAGAUGGCGACGCCAAGUCGUUCCCACCGAACGAUCAGUAUGUAGUGCCCGCGGGGGGAAACAAUAUCACGCUUUAUACACACAGCUACCUCAAUUUAGGUUUAUUAGCGGCUCGCUACGGUAUUUUCCGAAUGGAAGCCAACGAUAAUUCCACUACAGAGUUCACUUCAGUGUGCGUCGACCCUAUAGUACAGAAGGAACCGUGGACUUAUGGGAAUAAGCAGUACGUCAUCAGCGGCGCCCGGCGGCACGGCAUGAAGCGCGAGGCGGCGUUCACGCUGUGCCACGGCGCGGCGCUGCGCUACCUGCGCGCCGCCAUGCGCCCGCCGCCGCCGCCCCGCGGCCGCGUCGCCGCCAUGAGCUACUACUACGACGUCGCCGCCGACGCCGGCAUUAUAGACGUAAUGAAAGGUGGCACGGUGUCGUUGUCGCAGUACAGAUCGGCCGCGGUGAGGGCGUGCUCCGCCUCUAACGUGGAGCAGCCGUGGGCGUGUAUAGAUCUAGUGUACGUGCUAACAUUACUGCACGACGGGUACAACAUGAGCGACAACGAUCCCGUAUCGCUAUUCAAGAAAGUUAAUGGACAUGAAGUGUCUUGGGCUUUAGGCCUCGCCUACACAACAGUCAUGAACCGCCUCGCCGCUCCAGUUGCGGCCUAAAAUAAAAUAGACGACAAUCUGAUGUCAGGGUUGACAGUAAAAUUAAAAUAAUGAAUUUACACAAAAUUCCACAUUAGAUUUUGUACGCAUCGUAAAUAUCAGAAUGUUGAUUCUCGUAGCUUUUUUACGUCAAAUUGUUAUAUAAAAAUCUUGUCCAGUCACAUGAAAUGACAAAAUAUAAUGCAGAUUUUUUGACAUAUUUAAAGAAGACGCAAUACAAAUAAAUAUAAAUUAUAUUAUUUCUGUAUAAACGGGGUUCUGAUAUACUAUAUAGAAUAAAUAGCACUUCUUUUUCUAAUAAUAUGGUAUGAAAUAUGAUAGCUAUGAAUUAGUAAAAUAUUAUUAAUUAGUUAAUUUAAUAGUUGAAAUUUCGUAUUGUGUUAUUGCACUAUUGUGUUUUAGAAUAACGUAACUUUAAUAUUUGAAGAUAAAUCUCACGCUUUGAUCGGCAGCCCUGCUUGCAAAAGCUACAUGUAUUAGCAAUAAACUAAAAGUAGGUCAUUUCUGCUACAGUGCUAUCAAUAAACAAGAGUAAGUUUACGUUAAAAUGGCAACCUUUGCUACGUCUCUGUUUAAUAAUAUGAAUUUUAAUUAAUACUAACUCAGCGUAUAUUUACUCCAACGCUAAACCUUGUUUAUUAAUAUCAUUGUUUCUGUUUACGUCAUAAUCGCAUCUCGAUAGAAUCUCGCCGCUCUUCAUCGUAAUGUACUUAAUCCUAGGAAAGUCUCCGUCGCGGCCCGCGAUCGUUGUCGUUAAGCAACUUUCGCAAGGGUCGGUCACGGGAUGGGUGGUCAAAAAUUAUUAUCUCGAGCUACUCCGUGCUUCGGUAGGCACGUUAAGCUGUUGGUAUCGGCUGCAAUUACAGUCGUUAAUACCCUCCAAUUCGCAUUGGGCCAGCGUGGAGGGUCAUGGCCCAACCUCCUUAACCAUCGUGUAAGGGCUGAUGAUGAUGAUGAUGAAUAGAAUCUCAACUACUAGCACUUUGACUUUGUACUAUCUACCUGAAGUUCAAUAUUGUUAGUGCCGUCUUUCUCACAAUUUAAUGGUGACAGAUAUAUAAUGAAAUUGGAUUUCGCCAAGUACAAUGACAAAGUUCAUUCAUUCUAUUGAGACGGACAAAUGACAUUCUAUUGAGACAGAGACUUUCCUAGGAUUCGGUCUAUUACGGUGAAGAGCGGCGUAAAGCAUUUUCGCGAAUUUUCCGAAACUUAUGAUCCUUAUGAUAAGCAAUAGUUUUAAUAGUGAAAAAUAAGUCACGAAAUUCGAUAACAAAUGUGAUUUUUCAGAUUUAUGUGAUUUUUUGAUGUGACAAUUAUUUAUCGAUGUUUUUUUUCUACGUUAUCAAACAAUAAUGUUCGAGAUAUACUUGGUUAGGUUGUACAAGCCAUUAUAGCAAAUUAUUGCUAAUAAUCUAGCAUUUCUGGGCUUUGCUAUAAAUUUGUCUGCCCUAAAGCAGUAAAACAGGACUAAUAAAAUUAUCGGAUUAAUUAAAAUCGAUCGAACCAAAAAACAUUAUAACAUACAAAUUGAAGAUAUUUUGUAUGGAAAACUAAUCGUACAUUUAUCUAUGAACAUUUGAUAUAUCAGAAUGGAACUCACCGAAAGAAGCGAAAGGAAGUCUAGGAUUCUUUGUAUAGAAACAUGAACUAUAUUACACAGAUAGUAAGAGUUUUCCUAUCAUUCAUUAGCACGGUGUAAAGAAAAUCCGUUUCAUUCUCCUUCUUCGGAUGUGUUAGAUAUACGAGCACAAUUAAACAAGAUUCUAUCUCUCGAUACCUCUAUGGUCCAGCCAUGUGAUAAUUGUGUUUCUCUUUUACAUGAAAUUACUUUUCGAAACAUAUUCCUAGAAAAAAAAAAACUUGAAAAUGUUUAAUUUAUUUGACGAUUUUUUAUUGUUUGUUGCCGUAGUAUUUUUUUUUAGGAAAUAAUAAACUCGAGUUGACUGUUGGGUCAUUUAAACACAACUGUGCUAUGCGUACAAUCGUCAGAUUAAAAAAAAAUGUAAAGCGAAUUUUCGUUUGGUUCGCCUCGGAUUGACUACUAGCAGUAUGACCAGUUACUCUAGUGAUGUAUCGCCAAUGGCUCUCGAGGAGUUUAACCUAAUCUUGGUUCUAUUGCACUUAAUACUUAGUUGCAUUAUCAUAAGAUAUUAAUAUAAAUGUUCACGCACACCAACAAUAAAUGAAAGAUACACUACAUAAUGAAUAAUAGUUUCGGUAAUGAAAAAUAACUUAUUCUGAAAAAUAAAUAAACCGAUAUUCUGAUUGAGUCAUAAAAUCGCAUGAUUAUUUUAUUAAAAGUACAGUGUUUUUUAUAUGGGUAAUAUACGAUUGGAACACGACCCGCCAUGGUGUGACGUCAUAUCGGCAGAAACAUUUCUGUACCUGUCAGUUACACAGCCUGUAAUUUAUUAUAUUUGAUCAAUUUUGCAUUCACACUGCUAUACUGAAAAAUAUUCUUAAUGAUAGAUGAUUUAAAAAUCCACUAUUUCCCUGGCACUCCGAGAUGGGUUAGAGCAGUCGCCCAGAUUGCAAAAGGGGUUCGAGGCCAAAAAUAGCUUCUAAUUUUUUUUGCAGAAGGUGCCUAGACGACGCUGCUCUUACGUAUUUGAAUAAUUUUAUUUUGUUUUUUUUUCAAUCAAUCAAAUUUUGUUUCAAUCAAUCUCUAUGCGUUUUGUGUACAUAUCGAAAUGACGUCAUAAAUAUGGCGGACAGUGUUUACGCGGGUAUAAAAAAAAUAAAAUCCUGUUUUAAAUUUGUAGCAAUAAAAUGUAUUUAUUUUUCAGAAAUAUUUUACAAGUACCUAGUUUUUCAAACAAAGCAGAGUAACCUAUUGGGCAAUAAGGCAGACUUUUGUGGAUUACCAUUUCAACAGCUUCUGUGUAUAAUACAUUUUGUGCGAAUAGGAUAUUUUAUAAUAUAAUUUUAAUUUUUAGCAUAAAUUAACUUGUAACAUUUUAUGAGGCAAGUUAUCUCAAUUCAAAAGUUUAAAUAAUGUAGGUUCGAGCUAAAUGAAUAUCGGAAUAUUUGUUUUUUUUUAAAUAAUUUAAUGAAUUAUUGAUAUUACAAUGCGUAUAUCAGAAAUCAUGUGAAAACGUUUGAGCUUAUCAGUGGCGGACUAAGG